GAUAAAAAUUAAAUGAAGGUAUUAGAAUAACCUAUAUGAAGAUCUACGUUGAUGCAUUCAGUGGAGAAGAAAUCGUUUCUGACAGUUUCAAUAUGGAGGAAAAAUUUGAAGGAGUUAUUGGUGAAGUGCAAUCCCAAGAUAUUGUCAAAGGAGCUCUCAAUGUAGAUGUUGGUAAUGUUGUGGGAUCUACAAUUCAUAGGUGCUGGAGGUCAUUUCGGUGGCAAAAACGAGGACGAAGAAGAUGGAGGUGUGGAAGAUCAAGCCUAAAAGGUUAACAACAUCAUCGAUGCCUUUAAAUAUGCUGAAACCUAAUUCACCAAAGCCGAUUACGUUACUUACUUUAAAGCUUAUGCCAAGAAGGUCAAGGCUUACUUAGAAGCAAACAAGCCAGACAGAGUUGCUUCAUUCUAAAAGGGAGCUGGCGAAUUCAUCAAAUGGGUUUCAGCCAAUUUCAAUGAACUCCAAUUGUAAUCUCUGCCAAUCUAUAGUUUAGUUACUGUCCCGAAUCAUAUGACAUGGAAAAUCACAUCGUUCUUGGAUAUUACAAAGAAGGAUAAGCUGCCCCAGCCUUCGUUUACAUUUUAGACGGAUUAAAAGAAGUCAAGAUGUGAAAUAAAAUAAAUAAAAAUUGCAUCUGUUAAUUCGACAUU